GUUAAUCAAAGUCCUCUUCUUCUUUGAGCAACGUGUUGCUGCAUACUAAUUAUUACAUACUUUAAUUAGUUGAGUUCGUCAUCAUAAAGAAUUACUACUCAACUUUUUAAUUGUUCUUGUUCUUGAUUUUUUGUCAUUUUUGAGAGUACCCUUUUGAUUUCUUGAUAGUUUUUCUUGUUGGGUUCUUGCUAGAUUUUGAUUUUGUUAUCUGGGUUGGUUCAUUUUUGGUGAUGAUGAGCAUAAAAAGUUCAGGUUUUUUUAAGUUGGUUUUUUUAGUUUUAUGUUUGAUUAGUGUUUCUUCAUUAGGGUAUUAUCCUAAAGAUAAUUACUUGAUUGAUUGUGGAUCAUUAAGUAAUAAUUCAGCUGGGAAUCGUGUGUUUGUUUCUGAUCAAUUCUAUUCAAAUCUUGUUUCAAGUCAGCACAUAAAUUUAGUUAAUUCUAGCUCUAAUUCAAUUCCAGUCUCAUCUUAUGAUAAUUCUCUGUUCCAAACUGCAAGAAUUUUCAAUGAAAGUUCAGAUUAUACUUUUUCAGUUCAAGAUUCAGGAAGAUUUUUGAUUCGUUUGUAUUUCUACCCUUUCAAUUCUGCAAAAUUCAAUCUCACCACAGCCAAAUUCUCAGUUUUAGCUCAAAAUUUCACUUUAAUUAAGGAUUAUAAACCAAAUUCUAAUCCUGAAGUUAGAGAAUUUUCUUUGAAUGUAACCUCUAAUAGAAUAAUUCUUACUUUCAAGCCAUUUGCUAAUUCAUUUGCUUUUGUUAAUGCUUUGGAAGUUUUUUCACUGCCUGAUGAGGUUAUUCCUAAUGGUGCCACCAUCAUUGGUGGUCAGGCUAAACAUUUGAGUCUAGUGAACAAGGGUUUAGAAACUGUUGAGAGGGUUAAUAUGGGGAAUCAAACCGUUCUUCCACAAAAUGAUAGUUUGUGGAGAUUAUGGAGCUAUGAUGGUCAGUAUCUUACUCAUGGAAACAUAGGAAAGUUUUUGAGUAAUGUUAAAGCUGUGAAGUUUACGGCGAACGGGCCGACGGAGAAUUCUGCUCCGGCUUCUGUUUACGGAACGGCUACUAUAUUGAAUUCGGAAAAUGAUCCUAACACCAAUGCCAAUGUGACAUGGUUGUUUAGUGUCGAUCCUGGUUUCGAGUAUCUGGUUCGGUUCCAUUUCUGUGAUAUAUUUAGUUCAACUCUUGGAACGUUUUACUUUAAUGUUUAUGUUGGUUCCUCUUCAGUUGUACAGUUCUUUGAUCUGCGUAAUCAAACCAAGACUUUAGGUGUUCCGUAUGUUCGGGAUGUGAUUACAAUGGUUAGUAGUAGUGGUAUGCUAAAUGUGAGCAUUGGUCCCUCUAUCAACACCCCUUUUCCAAAUGCGAUUCUUAAUGGGUUGGAGAUAAUGAAAAUAAGCAAUUCUAAGGAUAGUCUUGAUGUUUCGGAUUCCGUUUCUGCGGACAGUUCGGCAUCGAAGAUGAGAGUCAUUGUAAUAGUUGGAUUGGCUGUUGGAGUGUUUGUUGUUGUUGUUAUUGCUUUUGUUCUCUUUGUGGUGUGCAGACGAAAGAGACUAGCGCGUCUCAAGGCAGUAAAUGAGUUUGGGAUGAAUGGAGAAGGUAAGUAUCCCAAUGGGACUAGCAUAUUUUCUGCUUCAAAAUUUGGGUACCGAUUUCCUUUCGUUGUGAUUCAAGAGGCUACGGAUAACUUCAGCGAAAGUUUGGUUCUCGGUGUUGGUGGUUUUGGGACGGUUUACAAGGGAGUUUUGAGAGAUGAGACAAGAGUGGCUGUAAAGAGGGGGACCUCUCAUUCACAAGGCAUUGCAGAAUUCCAGACUGAGGUUGAAAUGUUGUCUCAAUUCCGACACAGACACUUGGUUUCAUUGAUCGGAUAUUGUGAUGAAAGAAAUGAAAUGAUCAUAAUAUACGAGUACAUGGAGAAUGGUACUGUCAAAGAUCAUUUGUACGGAUUGAAUCAUCCGAGCUUAAGUUGGAAACAACGGCUUGAGAUAUGCAUCGGAGCAGCAAAAGGACUUCACUAUCUUCAUACCGGCUCAACAAGGGCGAUCAUUCACCGGGAUGUCAAGUCUGCAAAUAUACUACUAGAUGAGAAUUUCAUGGCCAAGGUUGCUGAUUUCGGUCUCUCAAAAACCGGCCCUGAAAUUGAUCAAUCACAUGUUAGCACAGCAGUAAAAGGAAGCUUCGGAUAUCUCGACCCCGAGUAUUUGAUCAGACAACAAUUAACUGAGAAAUCUGAUGUUUACUCCUUUGGAGUAGUCAUGUUAGAAGUUCUAUGCGGGAGACCCGUUAUCGACCCAUCUCUACCUAGAGAAAAAGUGAAUUUAAUUGAAUGGGCAUUAAAGUGUCAAAGGAAAGAGCAAUUGAAGGAAAUUGUAGACCCUCGUCUUGAAGGUCAAGUCAAUCCCGAAUCUUUGACGAAAUUCGGAGAGAUAGCGGAAAAGUGCUUGGCCGAAUGCGGAAUCUAUAGACCAUCAAUGGGAGAUGUGUUAUGGAAUUUGGAGUGUGCACUUCAGCUUCAACUUCCGGGGAACGAAGAGCAAUCCGGUGUUAAUGCAACACAAACUCGACAAAUGAACCAUGUUAAUAGCUUCGAGGCGAGCGUAUCGAAUGCACAAGUCAGCAUAGGAAGCAUGGGAGAUAUUGCAGGUGUGUCAAUGAGCAAAGUGUUUGCAAAAAUGGUGAGAGAUGAAAUGAGGUAGUAAGAUUGCACCAAUUCAGACACAAAAUCGAAUGCAGAGUGAUGUUAGUUGAGCAUACUAUAAUAUUAUACUGUACAGAAGGGUUGAAUUCAAAUUUGUUGAUUGUGUAUUAUUCUUUAAGAGUUAGAUAGAUUAAAUUCAAGGAGCACACAUUUAUUUUUGUAAUUCAUUUCAAAUUUGUGAUAUUUCUGUGAUUUUAUAUAUCAACUAUACUCUAUUGAAUGAUGUUAUUUUUUUCUUAGAUGUA